CAGGUUUAAUUAUGCAAACAGAGCUAGGAAGACAACCAAAUUGUUCCUCUCAGAAGCCAGUUCUGGCUCCCUGGUUCAUUCAAAAGGCAACCUGCACUGAAUGUAUUUGAAUGUAUCGUGGUAAUGCUAUAUACUACGCAGCACAAGUGGGCAAAACAGCAAUGCAGUGCAUACUGACCAGGUAUGAAGUGACCACAAGUCUGACUGAAAGGAGUACAUAAUGCUUAUUAGAAUCUACCAACAUACAAAUAGAUAAUAAAAAGGAACACACGCAGAAAAAAUGAAGGGAGACCAGGAUCGAGGAAGGACAAGGAACAAGAGAGAAGAUUACCAGGAUAGAAGCUCAGAUGGUGAUAAAAAUAGUGAUUCUUACUAUUCUGAUGAUUAUGAAAACACAACAUAUCGCUCUGACCGUUCGCCAAGCUUUAUGUCUAGGUCUUCUCAGGCCAAAAAAUUGGGCCACAAAAUGAGAUCCAGUACUCCUCUGCACAAUCAAGCCUCAAACAAAGUUGGAUCCAAGUUUCCAUCACGUAAAGGAGGAGCAAAGUGGGGUUUCCGCUCGCAAAGCCUUAACAAGGAAUCUCCUCCAAAGGAUAUAGCUUUGGUUACUAAAAGAGUCUUGUCAGCACGGCUAUUGAAAAUAAAUGAACUACGUAAUGAAAUAAGAGAGCUCCAGAUCAAACUAGAACAGCAUCAAAAAGAAAACAAAAUCCUAAAAAAACUGCAGUUUAGGCAGGAGAAGGCAUUAAACAGGUUUGAGGAUACAGAGAGUGAGAUCUCCCAGCUAAUAUCCCGGCACAACAAUGAGACCCGAGCACUCAAAGAGCACUUAAGGAAAUCUCAGGAGAGGGAAAGGAAUACAGAAAAGAGACUAAAAGAAGCAGAAGAUGAACUUUAUAGGGCAAACAGCACUGUGAAGAAGCUGAAACAACUCUCUGAAAAUCAACACCUUGGUGAGCGUGAAGAAUUAGCAAAAAAACUGGAUAUUACAGAAACCAAGCUAGAUGAACAGGAGAGAAGAGUUCAGGACCUGGAAAAGAAACUUGAGAUCACUCAGAACAGUUUUCAACGUCAGUUAAUGGUAGAAAAGAAGAAAAUCCAAAAUGCACAGGAGGAGAAUAAAAUGCUCCUAGAGGAACUCCAAAAGCUUACUUAUAAGUUAAAGGAAAAAGAGCGUGAACUUGAUGUAAAAAAUAUAUAUGCUUACCGCCUGUCAAAACCAUCACCAAAGAAGGAUGCAGAAAUCAACCCUAGAUGGAAAGAGGCAAGAAACACCAUAAGCACUGGUGUUCAAACCACUGCACAUAUUUCAUUAGUGGAAAUAUCCUCUCUGUCACACCCAACACCUGCCAUUCCAGGUGAAGAUGUGAAGGAAAAGCAACAUGAACUACUACAAAUGAAACAGAAAGAUUAUGAAAAGCAGCUCAGAGAAGAAGCAGAGAAACUUAGGAAACAUAAAGAGCUGGAAGAAAGAAAAAGGGAAGAAGAACAAAAGCAGCAGAGACAAGAAGAACAAAGGAUAUUAGAAGAGAAAGCGAAAAAGAUGCGUGAAGAAUGGGAAAAGGAAGAACUGGAAAGAAAGAGAAGAGAAAACUUUUAUCAAGACAAAAUUGGAAAACAAAAUAUACAGGGUGCUGAAGAUGAAAGACUUAAAAAGGAACUGUUGCUUGCGAAAAUGAAUGAAAUUGAUAAAGAAAGUGAAAAUACAAUGCACUUUGAUUCCCUUAAGUCCCAUACACAAACUUUGCUUUCAGAUUCAUCACUAAAACAUGAAACAAAAGAAACAAAACAUAAAAUCUACAAGUUCACAGAGCCAACUCAGAAUCUGUUUAGUGGAAUUCCUGUUCAGGGGGGACGAGAAGCUUCUUUAGCGGCAAAUGAGCCAAAAGUUACAAAUGAAAAAAGAUUUAAUAAUGUUAACGAUGUUUCAUUUGGAAGCUAUGCUCCAUCCUUUGCUAAAACUAGGUCAGGUGGGCCAGUGCUAAAGACUGAAAUUUUAGAAGAACCGGACAUUAUAAACCACUCCAAAUUCAAUAUGCAUACAGAUAAAAAAUCAAACUUAAUGGAGCAACUUUUUGGCAAUGAUUCCAAUGCCCCAGUUCGUCCUAAAAGCAGUGACUCCAUUGCCAAAAAUGAGUCCAAAAGUAUUUUUCCAUUGGAAAAAGGCGGCGAUGUCAAAAUAAAAAAUUAUUUUUUUUCUGGAGAUGGCAAAAAUGUAAAGCCUACAAGGCACAACUCACAAUAUAUGACAGGAAACCAGUCAGUGAAAGCUCUUGAUUCUUUAGAAGAUGACAUUGAAGAAGUAGCACUUCAAUAAACUACAACUAUUGUUAUUGAGUGCACACCCUUAUACAUUUCUUUAAAGGGAUAGUCUGAUCAGAAGAAGCUUACAAAAUGGUUCUAAUAAACUGAAUUUAUUGUAAAUAAUGAGUUAAAAACACUUUGUUACAGGGACGUGCUCUUAAGCAUGCUUUGGUUAUUUUCUUUGUUUCAUAUUAAACAAGGAUAUAAUAGAGAUUACCUAAAUAUUUAAAGAAAGAACAUUGCAGUUUCUCUCAUGAAAUAGACAUGCAACAUUAAUGUCUUAGGUGCAUUUUCCUUCAGUGUCCUUACAUGUUGGGGCCAAUUACAAUUUUUGUGAACCUAUAUCCACUCUUCAUUGUGCUUAGCUUAGAUAACUAUUGCCCUGUUACAGAAUCACAUUUUAAGUAGAAGUCUUAUUAUACCCAUGAGCCUCAUACAGCUAAUGCAUAAGCACUCAUAGAAAAGCUGCACUGAGUCCUCUAUCAAAAGAAACACAGGAUUUCUUGUUCCUUCAUGUAAACAUGUUCUCCUCUCUUAUAAAUAUCCUUCAUCCCUGGUGCUCCAGCUCCCCCCUCCCACAAGAAUGCCAAGAACUCCCUCCCCCCUCUCUUAGGAAUGUGUGAUCUGA